GUGACAUGUUACAGGCACCUGGAGCAGGGGUACCGGGAAAGGCUGAGCCUCCUGCGGUCUGAGGUGGAGGCAGAGCGAGAGCUGUUCUGGGAGCAGGCCCACAGGCAGAGGGCCGCGCUAGAGUGGGACGUGGGGCGCCUGCAGGCUGAGGAGGCUGGCCUCCGUGAGAAGCUGACCCUGGCCCUGAAGGAAAACAGUCGCCUACAGAAGGAGAUUGUGGAAGUGGCAGAAAAGUUUUCAGAUUCGGAGAGGCUGGCCCUGAAGCUGCAGAAGGACCUGGAGUUUGUGCUGAAGGACAAGCUGGAGCCACAGAGUGCAGAGCUCCUGGCCCAGGAGGAGCGGUUCACAGCAGUCCUGAAGGAAUACGAGCUCAAGUGCCGGGACCUGCAGGACUGCAACGAUGAGCUGCAAGCUGAGCUGGAAGGCCUGUGGGCGCGGCUGCCCAAGAACCAGCACAGCCCCUCAUGGAGCCCGGGUGGGUGCAGAAGGCAGCUCUCUGGACUCGGCCCAGCAGGCAUUUCAUUCCUGGGUAAUUCUGUUCCAGUGAGUAUAGAAACGGAGCUGAUGAUGGAGCAGGUGAAGGAGCAUUACCAAGACCUCAGGACCCAGUUGGAGACGAAGGUAAAUUACUACGAAAGGGAAAUUGCGGCACUGAAAAGGAACUUUGAGAAGGAGAGGAAGGACAUGGAGCAGGCUUGCAGGCGUGAGGUCAGCGUGCUGGAGGGUCAGAAGGCUGACCUGGAGGAGCUCCACAAGAAGUCUCAGGAGGUCAUCUGGGGCCUGCAGGAGCAGCUGCAGGACACAGCCCACGGCCCCGAGCCUGAGCAGAUGGGCCUGGCACCCUGCUGCACCCAGGCACUGUGUGGCCUGGCCCUGCGGCAGAUCAGGAGAGAGGCCCAGGCGGAGCUGAGCGGAGAGCUGUUGGGGCUAAGAGCCCUGCCUGCUCGCAGAGACCUGACCUUGGAGCUGGAGGAGCCGCUGCAGGGACCCCUGCCACAGGGGAGCCGGAAGUCGGAGCAGCUGAACUUGGAGAGUGCACUGAAGCUGCAGCCGUGUGCGAGCGAGAAGGGCGCCCAGAUGUGCGCAUCGUUGGCCCUCGAGGAGGAGGAGUUGGAGCUUGCCGGUGGGAAGCGAGUGGACGGACUCUCCCUGGAAGCAGAGAUGCUGGGAGCCCUGCCAAAAGAAGGGCUUGUGGCAGGAAGUGGCCGGGAGGGGGCACGUGGCCUCCUGCCACUGAGCCCGGGCUAUGGGGAGCGGCCACUGGCCUGGCUGGCCCCAGGCGAUGGCAGAGAGUCCAAGGAGGUGGCAGGAGCCGGGUCUCGCUGCAGACAAGCCCAGGACCCAGAAGCCACCAAGAGCCCGGCCCCCACCCCUGCCCCGUCAUCCCACGGGCCUUCAGAGAGGUGGUCACACCUACAGCCCUGUGGGGUGGAUGGGGGGACUGUCCCAGAGGAGCCAGAGGUUUUCGGUGUGCCUGCGGGGCUGUAGCAGCCUGGACCCCGGGAGCUGCCUCUGCUGGGAGCAGAGGGGGACGCCGCACAAACCCAGCCACGGAAGUGGGAGUCACCCCUGAGCCCAGCCGCUUCGUGCAGGGGACAGGCUGAGAGGCCACAGGCCAUUCAGGAAGAGCGAGCACGAAGCUGGGGCAGGGGCAUCCAGGGUCAGGCCUCGGAGGAGCAGGCCCGGGCUGAGGGCGCCCUGGAGUCUGCGUGCCAGGAGCACAGCAUGGAGGUCGCCAGGAGAGGGUCCUUGGCAUCCCACCUCCAGCUCACAGACCCACGGGGUUCCGGGCAGGAGCAGCUUGCCACCCCGGAAGAGGGAGAGACCAAAAUAGCGCUGGAGAGAGAGAAGGAUGACAUGGAAACCAAACUUCUACAUCUGGAAGACGUCGUCCGGGCUCUGGAGAAACAAGAUUUGAGAGAGAAUGACAGACUGGAGUUCCAUAGACUUUCCGAAGAAAACACUUUGUUGAAAAACGACCUGGGAAGGGUUCGGCAAGAGCUUGAAGCUGCAGAAAGCACUCACAAUGCACAGAGGAAGGAAAUUGAGGUUUUAAAGAAAGACAAGGAAAAGGCCUGCUCUGAGAUGGAGGUGCUCACCAGACAGAAUCAGAACUACAAGGAUCAAUUAUCCCAGCUCAAUGACAGGGUUCUUCAACUGGGACAGGAGGCUUCUACCCACCAGGCCCAAAGUGAGGAGCAUCGUGUGACCAUUCAGCUGUUAACACAGAGCCUAGAGGAGGUGGCGUGCAGCGGGCAGCAGCAGAGUGACCAAAUCCAAAAACUUAAAGUUGAACUUGAAUGCCUGAAUCAGGAAUAUCAGAGCCUGCAACUGUCACAGUCAGAGCUGACCCAGACCCUUGAAGAAAGUCAAGGCCAGGUGCAAGGAGCUCACCUGAGGCUGAGGCAGGCCCAGGCCCAGCACUCGCAGGAGGUCCGGCAGCUGCAGGAGCAGAUGAGCCGGCUGGUGCCCCAGGACCGUGUGGCUGAGCUGCAGCGCCUGCUCAGCCUUCAGGGAGAGCAGGCCAGGAGGCGCCUGGAUGCACAGUGGGAAGAACAUGAGAAACAGCUGAAAGCCACAGAAGAGCGGGUAGAAGAGGCGGAGAUGAUUCUGAAGAAUAUGGAAAUGCUCCUCCAAGAGAAAGUGGAUGAGCUGAAGGAGCAGUUUGAAAAGAAUGCGAAGUCCGACCUGCUACUGAAGGAGCUGUAUGUGGAGAAUGCCCACCUGGUGAAGCCACUUCAGGUCACUGAGGAGAGAAAAGCGAGGCGCCGAAAAACAAGCAGCAUCUUGGGAAAGAAAAAGUUCGCUCUCAACAAACUCGUCAGUAGGAUUGCCCCGCAGCCUCUCUGUGCUGAGGCAGUUGUUUCAGGAUUCACCAUUGGAGCUCUUUUUAAAUUAAGCCACUGUGAUGCCUUAGUUUUCCGUGGGUCAUGA